AUGGGAGCAUCUCCCAUCACAGAAUUUCCUGUAACUGCUAGGCUCUUAGACCGGAGCGGCUGGGCGCCGCCUACAUGCAGCAGCAGCAAGGAUAUCGCCCACAACUGCACCCUCGCGACCGAUGGUAAGGGGGACGUCACAUAUUGGCAAAGCGCAGACGAUCCAACUGGUAGUGUUCAUUGGAUCGUGAUCGACCUUAAAGAAAAAGCCAAAGUACAUAGUCUCGCUAUGCGAACAAUCCCAGAUUUCAAUCAAAUCGGAGGUUCAGUCCGGAAACAUCGAGUGGAAACUGCCACGGAAAAAGGGAAUUGGGACCUAGUUGCGUUGGGAACCUGGAGAAAUGACCGCGACCAAAAAUUUGCAACGUUUGAGCCUCGUGAAGCCCAGUAUGUGCGCCUUACGGUACUCGAUUCGUAUCAAAAUAAGCCUUUCGUUGUCAUCGGCGACAUCAACAUCUAUGCUGUCGAUACGAUUCCAUCCUCUGUAAACAAAGGAGGAAGAUGGAACAUCACCUUAAAUUUCCCUUUAGUACCCGUCACGGCGUUUUUGAAUCCAAAAACUCAAGAUUUGAUAACGAUGUCAGCCGACGAAGAGGAUAAAUUUCACCAGGGUCCACGCAUAACCAUCUCAGCGACGUGGCAUCCAGAGAAUGGAACAAUCGAGGAACAAACAAUCGAUGCUACAGGGCACGACAUGUUCUGUCCAGGCACGUCGUUUAAUGAGAGUGGUGGGGUGAUCUUCACUGGCGGAUCCUCACCACUCGCGUUUAGCAUCUACGACCCCGUGGCGAAGAACUGGUCGACCCCUGAAGACAAGACAACACAUAAGCCCAUGACGUUAAAAAUUGGCCGUGGAUACCAGGGCCAGACAUUCUUACCUAAUGGCAAGACUUUCGUGAUCGGGGGGCAGUGGUCGGGUGAUAAUGCUUUCGAUAGAGAUGGCGAGUUAUACGAUCCAGCAACCGGUUGGACGGUGUUGCGCAAUGUCAAGGCAGAGACCAUCAACAUGGACAUAUCUAGGUCCUGUAAACCACCGCGAAACGACAAUGGCUGUACCGUGGACGGAUGGCGACAACAUCACCCGUGGCUGUUUGCGUGGAAGAAUGACAGCAUAUUCCAUGCUGGGCCUUCCAAGAGAAUGCAUUGGAUUUUCACAAACACCACUGAGGGCGAGGUCAAAGACGGAGGAUUCCGCAAAGGCAAGAAAUCAAAUUUCGCUGAUGGUGAUGCUGUAUGCGGUGUCACUUCAAUGUAUGAUGCCGAGAAGGGUAUUAUUCUCACAGCUGGUGGUGCUCCCAAUUAUGAAUACUGGUUCAACGUUAAUCAAAUGGGAGAUGGCUUCGAUCACCGAGAGGAGGCAACCAACAACACAUUCGAAAUAAAGCUUGGAGACGUAGAACCUGGCACCGUUGUGGAACCGGAACAGGUAACCUCGAUGCAUCACCAGCGCAUAUUUGCAAACGCCGUGAUCCUUCCCACUGGUGAAACCUUCGUCGUUGGUGGUCAGCGCCAGGGCCAGCCGUUCCACGAUGAAACUUGGCAACCAGUUCCGGAGAUUUACUCGCCGGAGAACAAGAACUGGACAGAAGUGGCUCGCCAUUCCACUCCCCGAGUAUACCAUUCCUGGGCCAUGCUCUUACCCGAUGCUACUGUGAUCGUGGGCGGUGGCGGCCUGUUACUUGCGGAAACGGAUCAUUACGAUGCCCAGAUCUACCAGCCUUAUUACCUAUUCACUCCCGACGGGAAAACCGCCAUCGAGCAGCCAAAGAUCAAAGGCACCGACAAAAAAGUAUACAAGACUGGCGACAAGAUCAUCGUUACGACAAAUGUUGAAGUAGACGCUGCCAGUCUUAUACGAUACAGCGCGACGACUCACACGGUGAACAACGAUUUGAGACGUAUCAAGUUGAAUGUUACCAUGGAAGGUAAAGCUUCUGACAAAAUGUACUCUGUGAAAAUUCCCGAAAGUCCAAGCGUUGCUUUGCCUGGAUAUUGGAUGUUGUUCGUGUUGCAAAAGAACGUGCCCAGUCACGCCGCAACGGUACAAAUCUUGGCCGAAUAA